AUGGGUGCCUCGGCUUCCAGGAACUGGCUAGUCGGUGUUUCCGCGCUGGAGCCUGAACCCGAGGAAGCGCUGGGUCUGGGCCAGCUGCCCACGGAGCUGCUCGAGAUGGUGCUGAGCCACGUGCCCCCUCACGUGCUGCUCGGGCGCUGCCGCCGGGUGUGCCGGCGCUGGCGCGACCUGGUGGACUGCCAGGCCCUGUGGCUGAGCAUCCUGGCCCGAGACCACGCCGCCCUGUCACCCGUCCUCCGCACCUGCCUGCCCCCCGCCGACGACCCCAGGCCCUGCGUCCUGGGCCGCUUCUGCGAGCUCCGACCCAUAGGACGCAACCUCCUCCGGAACCCCAAGGGCGAAGGUGGGGAGCCCAGGAAAGGGGUCCUCCUCAAGGGAGCCGGUAGGAAGGGUCGGAUGCGGGGGGCGCUUGGACUCCGUGGUGGGUAUCACAAGAAGCAAGUGUUGGACCUGGAGAAGGAGGGCUUCUGGCCGGAACUCCUGGAUAGUGGAAAGAUUGAGAUUUGUGUCUCUGACUGGCGGAAGGACCAACAAAGAACUGACUGUAUAUAUCAGCUAACUGUCCGACUUCUAGAUGCCAACCAGGCCAUCCUGGAUCAUUUCUCUCCUUUGCCUUUUCCCAUCUGGAAGUGGAGAAACAGCGUCUCUCCUCGGGUCAGCCACGUGUUCUCCAACCUCAAGAAGGGCGUUCGCUUUGUGUCUUUUGAAUGCCGCAUCUGGGACUUGGAAUUCAGAAAUGAGCAGUAUGGAAUCUCUGUGACGAAUUCCAGUGUCAUCGUGCAGGUCUGUCUGUCCUAG